AUGGAAUUAAUAAUCUCCUUAUCUCAAGCACUAAAAGGGGAAGCAGCAAAUUGGCUUGUAUCCGCUAAGCCAUCAGAAAAGGAGUGGAGUGAAUUAAAAGCAGAGUUCUUAGCAGUUUUUGCAAGACCAGUAGAUUCUUUGGAAGUUUUUUCUGAGGCAAUUAACGGCAAGAAAAAUAUUUCACAUGACGUGCCAUUAAUUGACGAAAUGCUAUUUUCGAUGAGGAACAUUUUGUCACUAUUAAAAAAUAGAGAAAGCGACGAAUCGUUUGCCGUAACGGUAGCUUGCUACUUUGGGUCUACCCGGGAUGACUACGUACGGAAACGCUAUACAACUGAUAAACCAGUGGAUGCAAAAAGUAUGUGCACCAUGUUACAAGGGCGAUUAGGCAAACGUUCGGCCAUAUUUCCCUCCAGUCACCAUACUGGAUCGAAGCGCCAAGCUUUGUCUCUGCCCUCUAAAAAUGAAAGGUUCCAUAAGCGUCCUGUAAAUUGUUUUACGUGCGGAAAGGCAGGACACAAGGCUGCUGAUUGUAGAAGCCCAUCUGCAAGUGUCCCUUUCCGAAGCAAGAAGACUGACAGGGAGGUUACUUGUUUCAAGUGUGGCAAGCUAGGACAUUUCUCCGGACUGUCCAUCUUCGGGCGGCAAACGAAGAAUUUAAGAGAAAAGGAUUAA